AUGGCACCGCAGAUUCCGCUGGCAGAGCCGUCUUGGCUUCGCGACCUUCCUUCCCCCUUCUACAAAGAAUCUCACUUUCGAUUCCAGCGCGCAUGCCGUGCCUUCAUAUCAGAGAACCUCCACAAACAUGCAAUAGAGUGGGAGAGAAACGGCGACGUACCCGAGGACUUAUUUGCCACCUUUGUCAAAGGGAACUUUGUACUCCCUGCUCUCCCUGCUCCUCUGCCGGUUAAAUGGCUGAGGCAACUGGGUAUCAAUGAGAUGCCUGGCGGCGUUGCACUUGAAGAAUGGGAUACUCUUCACUGUAUGAUUUACUCGGAUGAGAUGAAUCGCUCCGGAUUGUCUGGGCCUAGCGGUUCAAUCUCUGCCGGCAUGGCCUACGGCGUGCCGCCUCUGAUACAUUAUGCGGAUAAGCAGUUGCAAGAGAGACUCCUCCCAGAUCUCCUGCUCGGCAAGAUACGAUCAUGCAUCGCAGUCACUGAACCCGACGCAGGUUCUGACGUUGCGAACAUUACUACAACCGCCAAGCUGAGUGAGUGCGGUAAAUACUAUAUUGUCGAUGGAUCCAAGAAAUGGAUCACCAACGGCAUAUGGGCUGACUAUGCCACUAUGGCUGUUCGUACUGGAUCACAAGGCUCUGGAGCUAAGGGAAUAUCCUUGAUGGCCGUCCCUUUGGCCAACACAGAAGGCGUGACUCGCCGGAGAAUGAAGGUCGGCGGCGGUGUCACCUCUGGUACCACGUAUAUCGAGCUGGACGAGGUCAAGGUCCCACGUGAGAACCUCAUCGGCGAAGAGGGCCAAGGGAUGCAGUAUAUCAUGCGCAACUUCAACCAUGAACGCAUGUUCUUCGGUGUCGGCAUCACGAGACAGGCAAGAGUUGCUCUGAGCACGGCCUUUGAGUACUGCCUCAUGAGAGAGGCUUUCGGAAAGCCUUUGACCGGCCAGCCCGUAGUCCGCCAUAGGCUUGCCAAAUGCGCAGCGAUGUUGGAAUCUCACACGGCAUGGCUUGAGUUGCUCGUGUACCAGCUAUCACACAUGGACAAGGCCGAAGCUGAUCGACAACUCGGGGGGUUCCUUGCUCUGAGCAAAGCCAACGCGGGUAUGGUCUUGGAUGAGUGCGCCCGAUGCGCAGUACUGCUCUUUGGCGGCAAGGGCUAUACGCGGACUGGACAGGGAGAAAUUGUUGAGAGUACGUCAUUACUACCUAACCUACUUGAUCUCGAGACUAAUAUGCGCUAUUUAACAGCAAUCUACCGCGAAGUUCCUGGAGCGAGAAUCCCUGGAGGAAGCGAGGAUGUGUUGCUGGACCUGGCUGUACGCCAAUUAAUUGCCAAUUUUCAAGCGGAGACUAGAGCUCUGAAGGCCAAGGGGAAGAAAGCUAACCUGUGA